AUGAGUGUUGGUAACGUGGCAGUGAAGAGGCCGCGCCGCCAGUGGGAGGCUGGGACCGUGGCUAGCGAGUGCGAGGAGCGCCCGGCGCCGGCGCCGCCCCCGCCCCCGCCCCCGCAGCCGCUGUGCGCGGCGGCGGCCGCGAGGCUCCACGGCGGCUGGCGGCGGCCCCCGGCUAGCGGCCAACCCUCCGCCCCCAGCGCCACGGCCAAGCUGCAGCUCUGCCUGCGGCCGCCCGCCGGGGGCGGCGGGGGCGGCGGUGGCGGCUUCGGCCAACGCGUCGCGGACCUGCCCGGCGGGCCCCCGCCGCCCGAAGACGGCGCCUUCCUGGCGACGCCGCUCAAGCCGGGCCCCGGCGCCAGCCCCGCGGGGGCGGCGUCGGCGUCGGCGGCGACUCAGGCGCGCUUGCAGCGGCGGCGCGGAGGCCUGGGGCGAGACGUGCGCGGCAGCCCCCGCCUCGGCGGCCGGGAUCCGGCGCCCUGCCCCCGCGCCGCCCCAGCUGCCCCUCGCAUCGCUCCCACCGCUGCCGCCGCCGCCGCCGUCGCCGCCCACGCCACGCACGCCCCCGCGCAGUCUCCGCCGCCCGACAGCGAGCAGGGGGAUCCGCCUCCCAGGAAGGUGCGCCGGCCCUUCUACCGGCGCUUCCUCAGCUACGUAAAGCAGGCGUGGACCGGCGUCAAAUUCGCUCUAGACCCUGAGCUGGAGGACCUGGAGACGCCGCCGCGCUACCGGCCGGACAGCCUGGAGGCGCUGUGCAAGGCGACGCGCUUCACCGAGGACGAGCUGAAGCGCAUCUACCGCGGCUUCAAGGCCGAGUGCCCCACCGGCGUCGUGCGCGAGGAAACCUUCAAGGGCAUCUACUCGCGCUUCUUCCCACAGGGCGCGAACGCCGGCCACUACGCUCACUACGUGUUCAACACGCUGGACCAGGACCACAGCGGCCUGCUCAGCUUCGAGGACUUCGUGGUGGGGCUGAGCAUCCUCUCGCGCGGCACGCUGGACGAGAAGCUGCGCUGGACGUUCUCGCUGUACGACAUCAACGGCGACGGCUGCAUCACGCGCGACGAGAUGACCGACAUCGUCACGGCCAUCUACGAGCUGACGGGGCGCCUGGUCGAGCCCUCGGCCGACGACACCACCGUCAACGACAAGGUCGAGCGCAUCUUCCAGAAGAUGGACGCCAACAAGGACGGCGUGGUGACGCUGGAGGAGUUCCUGGACUGCUGUUCGCGAGACGAGGACAUCUCACGCUCGAUGGCGGUCUUCGAUUCGGCCUUCUGAUCGCCACCGCCGCCAGCGAGAUUCACAACCACCGCGGCUGCAGCACCUCAUCCCGGACUCCGAAGAACCGGCUUUUACUUUUGGAUCUGAGAGGCGCCUCUGUUCAGAAAUAUAGCAGCCCCAUGGAUUCGGAGCGGAACGUCACGUUUUGAACGAGACGGGGAUAUAUUUUCUUUGUCGUAUUUUACAGGCACGAUGGGAGCGACAGUUUCACUUGCACCAAACAGUAGUCGUAGUUCGGACCUGCUGAUUACUUUUUACUGAUUAUCGCUCACUUUUAUGUUGUUCCUCCUUGGUGUACCAAAUUACAGUAUUCUUUUAUUUUGCAAAAUUGCCCCUAUGAACUCUAAGUUCAUCCUGCUUUUGUGUAACUUGAAGGCACCAAACUGAACUCUCCUCAGAUAAACGAUAAACGAUAAAAAUAUGUCAUUUCGUGAUACAGACAUCCUCAUAUUCAAUACAUUUGUCUAACUGUUCCACCAAUUUUUUUAUUUCAUGGCAAAAAAUUCUUUUUGCUUGUGGCCAGAGAAGAAAUGCACCCCGGAUCGUAAUUUUCCCAGGUAGAUUUGGUCCCAUGAAACAGUUCUAGGAAGAAGUCUAUUUCAGUGUUACUUAACGUUAGGAUGGUUUCAAAGCCCCGCACGCGCAAUCUGGUCUCCCAAUAUACAACGUGCGGCGUAUGAAACCCCUGAACAAGGAUCGAUGUGCACGUGAUGUUCUUCCCACAAUAUUAGGACGGUCAGUGUAGUGGACAACGACAGUUGUUGUACUUUUGUAGUUAAACGGAUCUGUCCGCUGGUACAUUAUUAGUCCGUAGUUAUCGUCAUACUUUCCCAACAUUCUAUAUGAAUUCAUCGAGAUUUUAUGACGUCACAAAAAUCAUUUUACAGCUUUAUGUUCUACGGUGCACAAAGAAUAGCGCCAUGGCUUCUUAUUAAGCCGAGGGUGCCAUCUGUCAGCAAACAAAACGCAUUUUUAAAGAAUGUUUAUUUCUCUCGCGGGAAUUUGAAAUGCUCGGAAACUGCAAAUGGAGUAAUCAUUUUGAAUUUCGUGUUACUUUUUGCAGAAUGUUCGUCAAAAACAGUGUUAUGGUUAGACAGUUUCAUAGUAGAAAGACACCUCACGAACGAAUCGCUCCUUUGGUGCUUGUAUCAAACCAGUAAUCGGAGGUUUGAAUUCCUCUCUUCGUAUCAUACAAGGAGUCGGUCAGCACAUGACAUACAUUAUUUUUCGACCACUGACGUGUAAAAACUACUGCGUAUUUUCCUACGUAGAUUUGUUAAAUUACUCGAGAGUCAAAUAGAAAGUAGCACUGCUCCGAGGAAGUAAAUAUAUUUUUGUAUUGCAGUACCACAUAUCGUAAUUGGCAUCCCAGAGGAGCGCAGCAGUUGUGCUGCAGCCAACAGAUGCAUAACUAAAAUGACCCCACUAAAUGUGUGACAGUUUGCUUCCCGACACAUCGGAUCGUCACCCGGGUCUUGGUUUAGUCUGUUCAGAUUUGUAGCACACCACCUGCUGCCAGUGAAUUAGUGAUAACUAGUUUAACACAACGCUACUAUUUUUCAGUUUGCAGAUUAAGUUACGUACUCAAACUACAGCUAGAGAGUUGCAAUGAAUCUCAAAUUUUAACGCCGUGUAAAAACGUGGUUGCAGUAAAUAUGUCGCGAGAAACACCAAACAGCCACAAUUAAGGUAUAAAUGAUUUAUUCAAAGAGCAUCCAUAUUCCUACAGGUUCUACGGGAUUUGUUUGUUGAGAUCUCCUAUGUGCAUUUUUAUCAUCGAAGCAUAAUUUUUAAGUGGCCACCAGGCAGAGCCAGUACAACACUAAUUUAUGUACAUACUGGAUAUGUUUUUGAUGUAGAAUUUAAUGAAGUACAGAUAACAAGCACUUGUUGCUAAUCACUUAACGAUAUAACACGUAAUAAAGUGUCAAACUUCGUUUGUCUCUGUGGCCACAAAGUAACGGAGCUCAAUAGAAAUCUGACUUAAAAAUUUUUUGUCGAAGAGUUCAAUUUAAAGAUAAAUAUCUUCGCCAGUGUCUGUCGUCAUGAGAGACAAUGCAGCUUCAAGUAUAUCGUAAAGAUUAUGGAUAGACAACACAGUUUGUGAUUGCUUUACGAUUAAAUUAUAAUGUACAAGGUUUUAUUAAUUUGCUAAUUAUUUGUAAUGUUCAUUCGUUAUCGGAAAACCAGCGAGACAAUAUGACAGUACUGUUCGAGAAGUGUUUUUUUAUGCGUUAAUUUGGAGAGAAAUUAGAGUUUUCAGUGGUAUAAAACUAUAAAGUAAUCUCGGCCAGGUCCUAGAGAAAAUAACCACCUAUUCGAAAGCUACAACUCCUCUGUUUUUUACUGUACCUGAACUUGGACACCGCUCGAAACUAGUAGUGUCGUCUUAAACUAGUUAUCACUACGAGACAAGCAGGAGGUACUUCGUUACAAAGCUGAGUAUUUCGAUACAGUCAUAUGACACCAGAGGCUAAGACUUGUGACAUACUGCUGAGUUAUAAUAGAGCUGAAGUCAUGGUUGCAGCCAGGGAUUCAACUAUUUCUCUUUCCAGAUGUUUUCAGAGAUUCUUUUGCCAUUCAUUCUCCAAAAGGUAUCAUAAUACAGGAUUACGUAGAAAUGAAGGUGUGAAAGUAAAGAAGAUUUAUUCUUUGACGGAAUGACACGGUAUCCACUAACCUAUGCAGUGAAGGGCAAUUUCAUAAUUUCGCUUUCUUCAGAUUUCAAGUGUAUAUAUGGUUGACGUUGUGGGUUCCAUGGGAACCCAGGGGUGACAUGACAGAUGUUUAGACGUCAGAGUACUUCAUCCACAUAUUCGGUUAUCCAUCCCACUGCAAGCGUCAUACGGUUCACCAAAUCGGGCAGCUAGAUACUAGAUAAUAUGUAGAAACGUACAGGUGAACAAGACCAGCGACUUCAGACUCUGAAAAAACAGAAUUAGGGUAAAGUAUAUUUUACAGCGCUGUUACCCCAUAAUCAGUAAUUAUUCACUGAAAAAAUUACGUUAUGAAGGAAAAGAAGUCUAUUCUGCAUACGCAUGAUGUUACUACAGAUGUUGUCCUAUACAAAACUAGCACGUCAGUCUCACAUUUUGUUGUUCAAGAGGCCGCCAACAUCUGGUGAAGCAUACAUAUUUUCUUCGGCAUCUGCAACAAUCAAUGAAUUUAUUUUAUAGAUACUUUCCAAUGAAAUUUAAGCUGAAACAAAAAUUACACACAUCUGAUUUUCUGACGUAUUACCACCUCUAGGGACUCUCAGCGCCCUUUCGCUCUUGCCGUUUGAUUUGAUACAAACCUUGUAAAGCCAUUUUAUGUAUUUGUACCAGGACGCUGCUAUUUUUUAAGCUUUAUUCAACAGUCGUACAAUAGGCGAUAAGCUCAGUUCACCUACAUUGCCGUUUCCAAACGAUGUGCAGUUAUAUAGCGCUAUAAGUAUAUACAGUUUUUACGUUAAAUAUCUAUUUGGUUUUGUAACAGUGUGUCGAGUAUUUACUUCCUUAUCUCAUUGUUGACGUUGUAGCUGUCAAGUAUUUCUGCGUGUUGUAUUUGUAGCGUAGAUUGAGUUGUUUUUGUUUAUAGAUAUUUUUUCUCGGCAGUAGUCGUUAAUGAAUAGAUGUUGAAAAUUUCAUUUUCUAUAAAUAUAAUAGCUUUAUUUGGAAUAAGUCAAUGAUGUUCUAUGGUUACAUAUUUAUCGUAUUCUCUAUGGAAUGGAUUCUGAACUUAAGCAUAAAAAAUUUAUUAAAAAUUUCAUCGAAAUUUUAGACCAUGGUAACAGAAAACACGAUAAGCAAAUACUGCUCACACAAAGCUACACAAUGAAUCUACAACCUCAACACAAUUCCAUGGAUGGAAAAGAUAAGUAUGUAACCAUACAACAUCGUUGACUUUUGUCAAGUAAAGCUGCCAUAUUUAUAGAAAAAUAAACUUUAAACAAAAAUUACUCAACGAUAAUAUCUACUGUUGAGAAAGAAAUAUACAUAUACCAAAACUACUCAAUCUAUGCUACAAGUAUAGUACGCAGAAAUAUUUGACAGCUAGAACGUCAAAGAUGAAAUAUGGAAUUAAGCACUCGACACAAUUUCACAAUACCAUUGAGAUAGAAAACGUAAAGAUUAUAUACACUAACAGCGCUAUAUAAUUGCAGAUCGCUUGAAAAUGGCAAUGCAACUGAAAUAAGUUUAUCGUCUAACUCUACAAGAAAAAAAGCAACGUCCUGGCGUAAUAUACAUAAAAUGUCUUAACAAGAUAUUUACUACGCUGCAGGCCCUGAGGAAUACAAAAUGAUGCAAACCUGUUAAUCACUUUAGAGAGGCGUCUACGAUCAUUCUGCUGCUGCUGCGCUGCAUGCAGAAUUUCGCUGGAUCUGGCUUGGGUAGCUGGCAAACGUUAUAAAGACAAUGUGACUGAUUCUAAUUCAUUUGUAUAACUCACCUAUCUUGCUUCUAGGCGACCAUUGUGUACAGAAGAGCAACAGCGCUUUUGGAGGCUUGUGCAUGAACCACACACAUACAGCACCAAACAAGAAGUUUACGAAGAUCGUCCACCGUUACGAAUUGUGGCGGAAGGAGCAUGUCAGUACAAUUAGAAAUAAAUCAGCUUUACUUUCACACCAAACUUCUUCAAUAAUCGUUUUUAUGUCCACAUACUGCAACAACAUGGAUUUAGAAUGCUAGGAUCUCUGUGUCUGCAGAUGACAAUGAGAAGUGAAUUGAUGAGCGGAAUUGUCUGUCUCAGCCGGAAAACGGUACACACUCAGCUGUAUCUUCAGUGGUAGAACCAAUGAAACCUAAUGCACCCCAGUUUCAUCGAUAUACACAUUUGUGGGUGGAUACAGUUAGUAUGUCAAUAGUAGGCACUGACCUUUUACUGCUCUGGAUUUGUCCUUUAAUCACUGUAAACCAGUAAUAAUUAACUUCCCACAGAACGACAACCACUCUGUAACUUCUGACGCCCCGAAGCUAGUCCUGAGGGAGGAAAAGGAGAUGUUAUAGGUCACUGUACACAACAUAUCCAAAAGAAAUUUUCAUUGUGAGACACGUAUAGAACUGACUCGAAUUCCUUCUGCAAGUUAAAAAUCAGUGUCACUCAUUCCUAGAACACCGAGCGUACAUCCCCUGUGAACCUACCGUACGAAGGUCUUAACCAAUUAAUAAACUGGUUUGUGUCACUCUCUUCAAGGACCUUCGCACCUACUCAGAAACUACUUGCCAAGUUAAUCUAGAUACCCAUACAAGUGUUAAAUGUCUUACGUGUACGAUUAUCUGUGUUCUUCGUAGGAGAUACGUAUUACCAGUUUUGUGUGCAGUUCAUAUGUGGACCAUUCUCAAACAUGUGUACAUUGUGUUUGUUUACGGAGGACAAUCAUAAAUCAGAAGUGAGUGUGUUGACCAGUACAUUAACAGUGUUCGUGUUUUCACCUCACUCAAGGCCCACCGAGCGUGAUAUGGCGACACAUAGAAGUCUGAUUCAAAAAUGAAGAGCAACACAAAUCUUUCGGAACAUAAAAUACUUCAGAAUUAAACUGUUAUAUAUCUGUUGGUGUUAUUCAUAUAUUUACUGGAUGAGAUAGUGUUGUUUCUGAAGGUAAGUUUACAAUAUAUUUAUUAUACAUUUAGAUACGAAAGGGCAAUAUAUUGUCGUUGAAAAUUCAUAACAUACUGACGUUGUAACUAAAAUAUAUGAAUGUGGAAAAUUAAU